CACACCUUAGCCAUUGUAGAGGUGGGUAGCAGCAUUCUCUCUGUGGAUCCCUCUAUCAGUCACAACAAGACAACAUCUAUUGAUUCUGUUCCUGAUCCGUGUUUGGAGGAGGAGUGGGUUCUGAGACUUCCAACUGAAAGAUCACAAACAGCCAUACAUUACCAUUAUUCGCUGGGUGCCGUUGGCAACAACCAAUACAAUGAUAACAAAAGAUUUGCCGUCGGAUCACAUCUAUGCGUACGCUCUGUCCAAGACUCUGAUUAAAGUGGCCUCUCCUGCUACAGUGGGCCUCUACUCAUCAUGUCAGAACCGCAUCAACAUGAUCCUCAGAUAUAUAGAGGUCCACAUGGAGCAGGAGGCAGAGAGGAGGGAGCAGAGUUACCAGGGCAGGUCCAAGCCUCGUUCCGUCAAAGCCUCCAUCACUGGUCUCCUAGCUCUGAUCUGCAGGCUGCUGUUCUACCGACCCGUCUGGACCGAGGAGAACCAGCGGCGGAAGAAUGUCCGGUUCAUCUAUGUUCGGUUCUCCGCAUGGCACUUCGCCGGGAGUGACCUCCUCUGGGCGGGGCUGGUGAUGAGACUGUGCCUGGCACUGCAGGAGAGCUUCGGGAAACUUCAGCUGGGUCUGUACCGUGUGGCGCAGCACGACGAGGAGGAUGAGGUGAGGAAGAAGGUGAUUGAAAACACAUCGUCAGAGUGGAGAUCUAAGAAGUUCUGCUGUUUCCCCCUCUGGUCCCUGGUCCUGGCCGUGCUGCUGGCUGCUUUCACAGUCCUCGUCUUUCUGGUGAAGUAUGGCUUCCCGGAGGUUCCAGACGCACCUGAACUGGACGGACUGGGAUCCGGAAACGGAACAGGAGGAGAAGAAGGUCCGAGUGAAGCCCAAAGAGGGGCCGGGGUGUUGGAGGGCCUGGCGAUCGCUGUCUUCGGGCUUCCUGCAGCAGCAGCUAUACGAUUCAUCUUCCAGAUGGGAAAGAACCUGAUCUUCAACCAGGACCUGAAUGUCCGUAAGGCGCUGGACAACGAGAGGGUCAGCGGCCAACUGGGGUUCAUGAACGAGGUGAGGAAGGAGAUGUGGCUGUUGUCCAGGUUCAUCCUGUUCAUGGAGGUGUUUGAGCAGAGGAGGAUCCGAGUGGUUCUGGAGAUCACUAACCUGGACCGAUGUGCUCCUAAGAAGAUCGUUGGUGUCCUGGAUGCUAUCAGUAUACUGCUCUCUGAUGAGGAGUCCCCCUUUAUCUCUCUGCUGGCAGUCAACCCUGAGGUCCUGGUUCAACAGGUGAACUAUGCAGACGGGUGCUUCAGUAAAGAAGACAGAGCCUAUGCCUUCUUGAACCGCAUCGUGACCCUGGCCUUCACCAUACCGCCGCUCUGCCACACCUCCAAGCACAAGGUGUUCUACAAUAUCGUUAGCGGCCAAUCAGAGAUCACGGAAGAAGCCAAGGGUCAUGGGUCAAAGGGGAUCGAGCUGAGAGAACUGGACCUGGGCAGCCCGACGUCAUCCCUCUCCUGGAUCGAGAGCACCCCCCAAACAAAGGAGACGUCAAGUAUUCUGACGGAGGCCAGUAUUCCUUUGAUAGACAACAACCACAUCAAGGAGGCGCACGUGGCGUUUGCGCUGAGUGAGGACGAGGCGGACAAGGCGAUAGAAUCAGCGCUGGAGAGCAUCCUGUCCAGUAACAGAGGGAACCUCCACCACUACAUCUCUGAUGACACCAUGUCCAUGAGACGGGUCAUCAACUCCAUCAGGGUCACCGUGGUGCUCAUGGAGGCUCUGAAGACUGAGCUGCCUUCGCCAGAGAACAUCGCUGCCUGGGUCGUUCUUGCCAACCAUUGGCCCUGUCGUCUCAGCUGGAUCCUACAGUGUCUGGAGGACGAGCAGCAGAGAGCAGAGAUCGACGACGCCGUCGGGACGGCGACUGUCGUCGACGAGUCCAAGGCUUUGUGGGAGGUGUUCAGCGACUCGAGGAUGGAGCUUCACAUGAUGAGGGAGGAGAUCGAAGACCUGCUGGAGCAGGACGGAGAUCCAGAGAUGUUUGAGAUGUUCCUCAAGGUGCAUUUCCAGUUCAGGGUGAGGGACGCGGAGAGGUUCAAGCUGACCACGGUUAACCUGGAUCAUUCUAUCAGGAGGGAACUGGCCCGGAUCAGAGGGACCACCGGACUGAAGAAUUCUGGGUGGGGGAGGAACCUGGCUCCUCUCAACAUCAGGACUGUUUUCAAUAUGACCUCUGAGGACGUCUGCAAAGCGCUGGCGAGGAUGAACCUCCCUAAGAAGUACGCAGACAUCGUCCGUAGCAAUGACCUCACCGGCCAGGCGCUGGUCUUCGGUGAUCCCGACGACCUCAAACAGCUGCUCCAGAUGACCUUCGGGGAGUGGACGACCUUCAGACUCCACUUCCUGGGUAUCGGUGGGAGGGCCCAAAGUGGAGCCAAGGCCAAGGCCACGUCCCUAAACCCCAAACAACUGACCAAUCAGCAGUCCAAACAACCUCAUUUCGGUCCCCACAGCCACGGGUCAACAUUAAAUCUGUCUUUUUCUUGAUGCCUUGGUGAGAUAGAGAUGCAUGAUAAACGGAAUGGUCUGUGUAUUGAUGUGUAGUACCCAUGAGAACCUACCUAUCUAUUGUGUAAUAACAGUGAACUGCAUUCCUCUGUCAGCUCCUGUAGAGCUUUCAGUUGCUCAAACCAGGGUAAAGUUCAAAGGAAUGCAGUUCAUUUAGCUGGUUAAUAGUUACUUAGAUUACAUUUUCUAUUACAUUUAGUUACAUUUAACUGGUUAAUAGUUAAUAGAUUACAUUUUUCCACCACUAGGUGGCGCUGCCAUUGGAUACAUGUCAAAGGGACUUUACUGUCAACCAACAAAAUAAAAUAACACACAGAACAAUUUAAAAAUGCAAAAGUAUAACAAAAAGGGUCUCUACUCAUAUUACAGAGGGGUAAAAGCUUCGUUCGACACCAAGUUGAACCUUGUAGCACCUACAGAUGAAAUAUGGUCUCAGAGGAGGAGCCUGGGUAAGGCUGAAAUGUCCUAAAUAUACAGACUUCUUUCAAUUAUUUAUCAAUUAUGCUUUUAGAUACAGAUGUCAAUAAUAUGUCAACAAUCCUACCAGUGGAGGCUGCUGAGAGGAGGACGGCUCAUAAUAAUGUCUGGAACGGAGCGAAUGGAACGGCAUCAAACACCUGGAAACCAUGGAAACCCUGGAAACCAUGUGUUUGGUGUAUUUGAUACCAUUCCGUGGAUUCCGCUCCAGUCAAUACCACAAGCCUGUCCUCCCCAGUUAAAGUUCCACUCCAGUCAAUACCACGAGCCUGUCCUCCCCAGUUAAUGUUCCACUCCAGUCAAUACCACGAGCCUGUCCUCCCUAGUUAAUGUUCCACUCCAGUCAAUACCACGAGCCUGUCCUCCCCAGUUAAUGUUCCACUCCAGUCAAUACCACGAGCCUGUCCUCCCUAGUUAAAGUUCCGCUCCAGUCAAUACCACGAGCCUGUCCUCCCCAGUUAAAGUGCCACUCCAGUCAAUACCACGAGCCUGUCCUCCCCAAUUAAAGUGCCACUCCAGUCAAUACCACGAGCCUGUCCUCCCCAGUUAAAGUGCCACUCCAGUCAAUACCACGAGCCUGUCCUCCCCAGUUAAUGUUCCACUCCAGUCAAUACCACGAGCCUGUCCUCCCCAGUUAAAGUGCCACUCCAGUCAAUACCACGAGCCUGUCCUCCCUAGUUAAUGUUCCACUCCAGUCAAUACCACGAGCCUGUCCUCCCCAAUUCAAGUGCCACUCCAGUCAAUACCACGAGCCUGUCCUCCCCAGUUAAAGUGCCACUCCAGUCAAUACCACGAGCCUGUCCUCCCUAGUUAAUGUUCCACUCCAGUCAAUACCACGAGCCUGUCCUCCCCAGUUAAUGUUCCGCUCCAGUCAAUACCACGAGCCUGUCCUCCCUAGUUAAAGUUCCGCUCCAGUCAAUACCACGAGCCUGUCCUCCCCAGUUAAAGUGCCACUCCAGUCAAUACCACGAGCCUGUCCUCCCCAGUUAAAGUUCCGCUCCAGUCAAUACCACGAGCCUGUCCUCCCCAGUUAAAGUGCCACUCCAGUCAAUACCACGAGCCUGUCCUCCCCAGUUAAAGUGCCACUCCAGUCAAUACCACGAGCAUGUCCUCCCCAGUUAAAGUGCCACUCCAGUCAAUACCACGAGCCUGUCCUCCCCAAUUAAAGUUCCACUCCAGUCAAUACCACGAGCCUGUCCUCCCCAGUUAAUGUUCCACUCCAGUCAAUACCACGAGCCUGUCCUCCCCAGUUAAUGUUCCACUCCAGUCAAUACCACGAGCCUGUCCUCCCCAGUUAAAGUUCCACUCCAGUCAAUACCACGAGCCUUUCCUCCCCAGUUAAAGUGCCACUCCAGUCAAUACCAUGAGCCUGUCCUCCCCAGUUAAAGUGCCACCAACCUCCUGUGAAAUCCAUCCCCCAUUAAAUUGAGUGAAAAUCCCCUAAAGUCAUGGUCUUUCAUUUUUGUCCUGGUUUCAUUGGUAAGAAGAAUGCCCCUCUCCCCACAGGUGUGAUUACUACCUCUGAGGGGUUAGAGCUUGAGGUAGUCACCUUAUACAAGUACUUGGGAGUGCGGCUAGACGGUACACUGUCCUUCUCUCAGCACAUAUCAAAGCUGCAGGCUAAAGUUAAAUCUAGACCUGGUUUCCUCUAUCGUAAUCGCUCCUCUUUCACCCCAGCUGCCAAACUAACCCUGAUUCAUAUGACCAUCCUGCCCAUGCUAGAUUAUGGAGACGUACUUUAUAGAUUGGCCAUCAGAUUUGCCACCAAUGUUCCUCAUCCUCCACAUACAACACCCGUUCUGCCAGUCACAUUCUGUUAAAGGUCCCCAAAGCACACACAUCCCUUAGUCGCUCCUCUUUUCAGUUCGCUGCAUCUAGCGACUGGAACGAGCUGCAACAAACACUCAAACUGGACAGUUUUAUCUCCAUCUCUUCAUUCAAAGACUCCAUCAUGGACACUCUUACUGACAGUUGUGGCUGCUUUGUGUGAUGUAUUGUUGUCUCUACCUUCUUGCCCUUUGUGCUACCAUGCUGUGCUGCUACCAUGUUGUGUUGCUGCCAUGUUGUGUUGCUACCAUGCUGUGUUGCUACCAUGCUGUGCUUCUACCAUGUGAUGCUACCAUGCUGUGCGUCUACCAUGUUUUGCUACCAUGCUGUGUUGCUACCAUGUUGUGUUGUUGUCAUGUUGUGUUGCUACCAUGUUGUGUUGCUACCAUGCUGUGUUGCUACCAUGUUGUGCUGCUACCAUGCGGUGUUGCUACCAUGCUGUGCUGCUACCAUGUUGUGUUGCUACCAUGUUGUGUUGCUACCAUGCUGUGUUGCUACCAUGCUGUGCUGCUACCAUGCUGUGUUGCUACCAUGUUGUGUUGCUACCAUGUUGUUCUGCUACCAUGCGGUGUUGCUACCAUGCUGUGCUUCUACCAUGUUGUGUUGCUACCAUGCUGUGCUGCUACCAUGCUGUGCUUCUACCAUGCUGUGUUGCUACCAUGCUGUGCUUCUACCAUGCUGUGCUUCUACCAUGCUGUGUUGCUACCAUGCUGUGCUUCUACCAUGCUGUGUUAAUACCAUGCUGUGCUUCUACCAUGCUGUGCUUCUACCAUGAUGUGUUGCUACCAUGCUGUGCUUCUACCAUGCUGUGCUUCUACCAUGCUGUGCUUCUACCAUGUGUUGCUACCAUGCUGUGUUGCUACCAUGCUGUGUUGCUACCAUGCUGUGCUUCUACCAUGCUGUGUUGCUACCAUGCUGUGCUUCUACCAUGCUGUGCUUCUACCAUGCUGUGUUGCUACCAUGCUGUGCUUCUACCAUGCUGUGCUUCUACCAUGCUGUGCUUCUACCAUGCUGUGUUGCUACCAUGCUGUGCUUCUACCAUGCUGUGUUGCUACCAUGCUGUGCUUCUACCAUGCUGUGUUGCUACCAUGCUGUGCUUCUACCAUGCUGUGCUUCUACCAUGCUGUGUUGCUACCAUGCUGUGCUUCUACCAUGCUGUGCUUCUACCAUGCUGUGUUGCUACCAUGCUGUGCUUCUACCAUGUGUUGCUACCAUGCUGUGUUGCUACCAUGCUGUGCUUCUACCAUGCUGUGUUGCUACCAUGCUGUGUUGUUGUCAUGUUGUGCUUCUACCAUGUUUUGCUACCAUGCUGUGUUGCUACCAUGUUGUGUUGUUGUCAUGUUGUGUUGUUGCCAUGCUACGUUGUUGUCUUAGGUCUCUCUUUAUGUAGUGUUGUGUUGUCUCUCUUGUCCUGAGUGUGUUUUGUUCUAUAUUUUUAUCCCAGCCCCCGUCCCUGCAGGAGGCCUUUUACCUUUUGGGAGGCCGUCAUUGUAAAUAACAAUUUGUUCUUAACUGACUUGCCUUGUUAAAUAAAGGAACAAAUAAAUACAUGUGGAAUCA